GAGCCGCGUUCCAGAACGUGGAAGGGUUAAAAAAAAAAAUCAGUCCUCCCCUACCUAAAAGACGGAUAUUUUUGGAGACUUUUGGGUGCACUAAUUAACGUGCUUUUCCUUAGAGAAUUUGUUAGUUUUGAAGUCUGAUAGGAAAAAAGAAAGCGCACCAACCCCAAUUCCGGGGGACCAAGAUUGCGACGGACAACCAGGAAGCGGCCGGGCUGGGAGCUGUCCUGGGUUCUCCGCUCUGCUUUGGAGGGCGGUUCCGAAUCCCUUCAACGCGUUCCCCUACUUGCUUGACCCCCUGCCCGGACCUAGGCUCCGGCCCGGGUCUGUCACUGCGGAGCCGCCAUGUCGUCGGAUUUCGAAGGCUACGAGCAGGACUUCGCGGUGCUCACUGCAGAGAUCACGAGCAAAAUUGCCAGGGUCCCUCGACUCCCACCGGAUGAGAAGAAACAGAUGGUUGCCAAUGUGGAGAAACAGCUUGAAGAAGCAAAAGAACUGCUUGAACAGAUGGAUUUGGAAGUGCGAGAGAUACCGCCCCAAAGCCGAGGGAUGUACAGCAACAGGAUGAGAAGCUACAAGCAAGAAAUGGGAAAACUGGAAACAGAUUUUAAAAGGUCACGGAUCGCCUACAGUGACGAAGUACGCAAUGAGCUCCUAGGGGAUGAUGGGAAUUCCUCGGAGAACCAGUUGAUAAAAUUACGUGAAGAGAGGGCACAUCUGCUCGAUAACACAGAGAGGCUGGAAAGGUCAUCUCGGAGACUAGAGGCUGGAUACCAAAUAGCAGUGGAAACCGAGCAAAUUGGCCAGGAGAUGUUGGAAAACCUCAGCCAUGACAGAGAAAAGAUAAAGAGAGCCCGGGAAAGGCUGCGGGAGACAGAUGCCAACUUGGGGAAAAGCUCCAGGGUUCUGACGGGGAUGUUGAGAAGAAUCAUCCAGAACCGCAUCCUGGUCGUCGUCCUGGCCAUCACCCUGGUUGUCACCAUCCUGAUGGCGAUCAUUUUUUCUCUCAGAAGACACUGAUGUAUCUGCUCUUCCUUGAUAAACAGCAACCGCGGCUUGUUCUGAGUAAUUAAGACAAAACGGUCACAUGCAUCAUCCUUUGGCGCCGACAGGCCCCGAGCGACCCUCCUCUCUCGCCACUGUACAGCUGAAGUGCAAAGAGUGUAAAAAAUAUUUUUUAUUCUCGUCUGCAUGUGGGUUGGUUUCCUUUUCUAGGUGUGUCUUCACCCAGAUUUGUUUUUCAUGGGGGAAGGUGGGUGUUUACUUGCCUUUUGGCCAUUUCACCUACUGACCAAAAUAGCCCUGGUGACGUCCUUCCUUGCCCCGUGUCCAUGUCAGGGGUCAUGGUCUGGGAGAGGGCGUAAUGAGUCCGUCACGGGGGCUUCUGAUGGGCCGUGCUGUUUGUCACACACCUCUUGUCACCGACUUGCCCUUCUGUGAUGUCCGAGGAUAAAAAUGCAGAGAAAAGCAGGGGUCAGAGCCAGUGACCGGAUUCAGCAAACCAGCCCUGUUCCUACCCCAGCAUAAUGAAUAGAGUCAACCUGCUGAAUGCGUUCAUUGUGAAGGUGGGUAUUUCAUGUCAGUUGCGCAGGAAAUUGACUUAGCACUUUCUCUGUUUUUCUACGCAUAUUUUUUCUUUACACCCAAGACUAUUUUUGCUGAGCCUGCCCAAUAUCCACUUUUCACAACUUUGAUUACUGGCUUCAAGAAAUAGUUCCAUACCUUCCCCAAAAUCCCAUACUCCCCAGAAUUUGCUGGCAAAGUGAGUCCUGGCCCCUUAUUUAAUUGUGACCUCCUCUCCCCUGACCUGUGUAAGCAUUCCUGUAUCCUUUCGGUUUUAAUAUUUGCACUGCCGAAAGCAGCCCUCAGACAUGCGAAAGGUCUGACAAGGUUCUCUCCACAUCCAUUUCCGUAUGUAAAGAGAACAUGAAUAUUUCAGGAAGAGCAAGAACAUGACUCCGUCAGUGUGAAAUUUCAGAUGUGAUUAUAAAUAUGGUGGAGUCCUAUAGGAUGAUCCGCUAGAAAUAAACUUUAUGGAAAAAAAAAGGUGCACUAACCUUCUUUAAAAGAAAGGGGUUGCAGCGUGUUGCAAAGAAGACAGCAUGUUUUUUUACUAACAAAUGUCAGCCUCGCCUUCCGGAAGUCACUAUGUAUUCAAACCUCUAACAUGCUUUGUGAUUUUCUUCACUUUCUUUCUGUCCGAGGUGACCGGGAAUUGCGUUCAAAAUGAGUUCAUUUAUGAUGAGGCUUCGAGUUGCCUGAGUUGAGGUCAUUCUCCUUCUAGUCAUGAAGCAAAAUGUGUUUUUCUUUAAGGCUUCCAAGGCACUUACGGGGUCCGUACUAUCUUUUGAAUAUGAUUAGAUGCUUUGAACCCUUGAAAACCAAACCUGCUCUCUUCAUAAAAAAUGCUAACCACCUGUGCCCAUGGAUGGAGACCACCUAGAUCUCCAUGUAGCACUUAAUAUGUUGUUUUUUUCUCCAACUCAGAAGAGAAUCAUUAUGGCUUAGGGAGGAAAUGCAGAAUGGCAAAACACACUAGAGAACUCGUACUUACUGAAACAGGCCAGGGCCUGCGCGCGUUCGGAUAAAUCAUUUAGUGUUGUGUGAAUAGCGCUGCAGCCUUGACUUCGCAGGGAUGGUGUGAGAUUUUGGCAGAGGAAAUAGGACAGCCGAGGAGUGGGAAGGCUGUGCUGAUUUUCCCAUCGGCUUAAGGGAUCCACCGCAGCAAGAAUCUUUUAUUCUGACAAUGGCAUUCAGCAUGUGCUAAACACAUCGAGGAAACUAUUUAAAAGCAAGAAAACAAACAACCCACUUCCUUCUCAUUCUGAAAUACUAACGGUGGGGAAGUAGUACCCCAGCCUCUCUGGCGGCUUCCUCCGAAACCCUUGAUCUCACCUCAAGUGCGGAGCCAGUUCUCCGGCUACGCUGCACGUCUCCAGAUUCUUGCCGAGGCCGCGUAGCAAGCCACACAGAUCUGAGCAUCUCAACUUACCAGCUGCCAAGUAUUUCACGAGACCUUCGUGUUCAUGCUGAAGUAGAUGAAGGAAGAAGGAGUGUGUUGCUCACCUCUUACUGGCCUUUUCUUUGGGGUUCUAUCUCUUUAAUCAGCUCUUGUCCGAGAUAUUGCCCCAAUUCAACAUCGAACGUGGAAAGAAUAUGAACAGAUAACCCUUGGUCUAACGGCUCCUUCAAACCCCCCGUGAGAGCAGUCCCCUAGCCUGACGUAGUGAGUGCCUUGUAGGAAGCUGGUCCAAAGGUCCCUGGAACUUGUUGUCUGGCCCUCCUGGAUGCUGUAGGAGCAACUCAAAGGAGCCCUAAGAGAGAUGGGUUUUUUGUUCUUCUCCCUUCCACGCUCUUCCACGCUCCACUGGGGACAGAAGAAAGCCCACAAAUUCGAAGCAAGGGAAAGGUUCUAGGAACUUAACAAGUAGACUUCAAUUGAUGAAUAUUUCUAAAGUUGGGAGUAUUGUUUAAAAUGCUUGUUCCACGUGGAGCUAGGGGGUGCUAAUGAAGACACAGAGGAGGAAGAAGAGGAGGAAGCCAUCGCCGUAUAAAAUUCCCUGCAGACUAAACCGUUUCCUCAACAGAAUAAAUAAGGCAGAUGCUACCCGUGCUCCAGAAUCAAAAGCACUUUAAUUAAAGUCUCUUAAGUUGUAGAGAGUUUGCCGUGUUUUGCACGUUGAAGGAGAAUGCCUCCGAAUGCAGUGGGCUUGACGUCAGCUGCCUGCCUGGGCCGGGAGGCCAUUUGCUAUUCUGUUUAAGGCAGGCUGGAUUGUCUUAUUUUGGAACCAGCUUGGUGGGGGGUUUGCUUUGCUACUGCUUCUGAGCCCUGAGCUUCAAAGGCUGAAAUUAAUGGCGAACAAAAUUGUGCAGCUCCGUCCGUCCCAUGCGGGGCAAGCCCAUUGAGGGUUAUCAUUAAGUAAAGAAAUAAAGAGGGGGGAAAAAGCCUGCCUGUUCCAAAAACCUCAUCAGAUAAUGACCUCAGCGAUUGGGUUUUAUUACCAACCAGCAUCCAGAGAUUAUCUAUCUAUGCCAUAGAAGAAGGGAGGGGGGGAAGGAAAAGAAAGAAAGGAAAGCAACUGUCUUUCUCUCCCUCUCUUUCUCCCUCUCUCUCUCUCUUUUUUUUUUUUUGGCACAUCUUUUCUUUAAAACUGUCAGAUCAUUUCAGUAUUUCAAAUCCAAGGAAAACAGCCUGCCUGCUGCUGUAUUUGAAGUUGUAAUGGUGUCAAAAAGUCACGACUGACUGACAGCCAUCAGUCCCAGAGGGGCUCAUUAAAUCAUAAAAACUUGACAAGGAAAUAAUUGCGCAUCGCCAGCAACUUGGCGCCUGUUUAGACGUUUUUAUUUUCUUUCAUUAUUAGUCCCCACCAUUACGUUCAUUAACAAAUUGCAUUAAACAACUGUUAAGGGCUAAUGAUUUGUUUAUCGCUUUUUUUUAUUAUUAUUAUUUAAACAUUAGCUGUGUCAUGUGGUACCCCAGCAGCCUCUUGCCAUCAUCUGACUGAAUAUUUUUCCACCCUGAGCUCUGGGUACUGUUGGAAUAUGAAAUAGAUUAUUCAUUACUCUCCUCUUUGCCACUGAUUUGGUUUCAUGUAGCGUCUUCCACAGAGAAAGAUGAAAACUUGUCAAAAAUAGGUUAUAUCUUAUUCGAAGGGGCAACAAUAGCAGCAGGUACAGGCACACUUUAAUAUUUAAUUAAGGUUGAUGUUAACCCCUUUAAAUGACUUUUGCUGUAAGUUCCAUUCAAAUGCAGAAGAGAAAAAUAAUUGUUCUUAAUUUGCAACCUGUUCAGCAGGCGCUCUGCAUGGAGUUAGCUGGAAAUUUAGAGCCGAAUUUUUAAAUAAUGAAAUUUCCCGUCAUAAAUAUUUAUAGCCACUUGUUUACGUAGUUGAGAAUUAACCACGAGCGAUGAUUUCCUCAUCUCUUUGGUCUGAACUGCUAGCCCAGUGGGUCACCCGGUGCUCAGGAGGGGCAACGGCUUUCCUGAGAGAAAUGUGGGUCCGGAGCCGAGAGGUGGUUGGCCAGUUGUGACUGGGGCUGGUUUCAAAGGAACCACUGUGAGUCCCAGGUCCCUGGUCCACUUGCCUCCCCCUUGCGCUGAGUGUGUGGUUGGAGGGCUGUGGUCUGCAGUGAGAGUAGGUAGAGGCUUCUUAAAAGAACACUUGUGUGUCCCGGAGGGUGUGGUGAGCGGAUGCCCGGAGUCUCUCUGUAUCGUCAAUGAGCUCGUUGCAGACAGCGCUUCCCUGGUGGGCAGCAGGAGCCACGCUUUGGGGUUGCUGACCCCUGCGCCGUUUUCCCUUUCUGUGACUACUCAUUGGUGAAAUGAUGGGCUUUUCCAUGGGCUGUAAGCUUGCGGGGAAAAGCUCCAUCCUCAUCAUCAUGCCACGUCAGAAGUCCAUGACCUCCGUGCUGUAACCGCUGGCCGCGCUGACCAUUCCAUUGUAGUCCGUGAGUUUACGUGACCAUGGAAGCCACACUCAGAGAUCUGGUUCGUCAGCACUCCAGGGCUGGGCAUUGUGGUCAGUGUCAGGGGACAGGGCGCACCUUUCUCCCAGUCUGUUUCUGCUCCACCCACCCAUCCCGGAGAGAAUAGACCCUUAGGCUCCAUGGAUGUGAAGGAGGAGACAGUACACGUUCCUUACUCCGCACGGCAUCCCUCAGUACUCCCCACCCAGGAGCAGGUGGUCGUGUAGGGAAGGGCCAUCCCAGCAGGCAUAUGCCAGGUGAGGCCUGGCCUCAGGCCUCAUCCAUCACUGUGGGCACAGAAAUGGCAGACACAUCAGGGUCCAAAGGUGGGGGCGACCUUCCAUUUCAAUCCAUUUCAAAUGAGCCACAUGACAGCUCGCCGCCUUUGGGGUGGCCUCCGCACCUCAGCAGAAGGCAUGCGCAGAGUCAUUGUCCCAGAGGGAAGGAGGACUCAGUGGCGAGCCACCCCCAGGUAGACCCCAGAGACGCUGGCUGAAGGUGCUGUCCGAGGCAAGCUGCCGACCCUAAAACUUGACCUCAUCCUCUGCUGUAACUCACUACCUUGAAACCAGACCUCAGGAAGCAUUCUCGUCUGUACAGCUUUGUCCUGCCUGUGGCCCAUCGGGCUGAAACCGGUGGUACUGGCCAGAAGCCGUCAAGAUUCUGUGACCAGUCAGGUGGCUCUUACACAAGACACUACCCCUUUUUUAAAUGGGGAACGGACUGUGCCGACACCUCAGAAAAGCACCCAAAUCCACAGGCAUUUCACCCCAGAAGGGAGACCCUGCAGGGUAACCAGGGCAGCCAUGCCAAGGCAGGGGACGGGUGUGUGUGAGCCAAGGCUUAAAAUGGGAUGACUGAACCAGGGUGAACGCCCUCUUCCGUCGUGCAAGGAGGAAGCCACAGAGAGCACUGAGAGAGACUGCCCCUCUCUGUUGGGAUGCUGGGAUUCCAGGGCAGUAACAAGGAGAAUGUUUCAGAGCCAACUUACUGCAGGCAAGGGGGGCAAACCAAGAUGGUGGGCAAAACCAAGGUGGCAGGGCCAAUCCAAGAGGCUGGGGCCAAACCAAGACGUUGGCGCAAGUGGGUUUGCAGUGUGUGAUGAGGUGAGGGGCAGAUGGUGCGCAGGUGAAGGGUGGUGGGUUCCCCAGCCUCCAAGGACGGAGACGGUUAGUGACACUCAUCCCCGGGAAAAGUCAAGGAAAGGCAGGGGAGCAAGGAAGCCGGCUCCACCUUGUGCCACCCCGGGCCCAGCCUCGCCCUCCUUCAGGGGGAGCCAAAGGAAGGGAAGGGCAAGGCAAGCCUCUGUCUUUCUCUCUCUGAACCACUGCCCCAACCUCAUGCAACCCCUGCUCGCCGGGCCUCGAGGGGCACCCAGCACGCUGGGAGGAAAGCGCUUCCCGGUCCUGAAUCACCUCGCUACCCGCGCUACAUAAAUAACACAGGCGUCCCUGCGAGGUGGGGAAAUGCCAAGGAGCAGAGCUCCGCACCGUGGUGCUGCGAACUCAUGCCCCCUCCUUCCCUUCAUCCAGACAAGGCCCUUUGGCGUGAAUAAUAGCUCGGCGGCUCGAAGCCCGUAUUGAUCGGCUGCCCGCGCCGCUCCACUGAGAGCUGCCUGGACUUUUCCUGGGGGCAAGACGGGCACCGCUCAGUGCAGCCCGCCUCCCCCACCCCCACCAGGUGUGCUCAGGAGGGGACCGGGUGCAAGGGGGGGGGGGAUGCGGCAGGCCCUUGUCCAGCUCAGUGCUGGUGGGUUGGCUCAAGUGUUUUUGUUUGUGACUUCUUUUGCCAGGGAAAAUACCUGAGCUGGAGAGAAGUGGGUUUUUUUUUGCACAAGGAGGCCCCACAGAGUUGAGAAUAAAUACAUCCUCGGGCUCCAGCUUCUCUCCAGAAGCUUCCGCCAGAGACCCGGUGGCAGAGACACCCUCGGCCGACACUUAGGGAGCCCACUGCGUGCCGGCGGUGGGCCCAGCACUGGGGCAGCCAGGCCACCUUUCCUGUUGACUUCCCUUCCCUGUCCCGGGUCCUCAAGGGAGGGGCUCUGACAAGACAGGGAGGAUCCUCGCUGCCGUGGGGGUGGGGCCACGGCUAAAUUCAGUGGACGGGGGUCAGCCACGGGCUGGUGGCUCCAGGGACGGAACUCGCCAGCCCCUUGGCCUGAGGCUCCGACCAUACUCUUCCCCUCUCGGGGAUAAGCAACGGAAGGUCAGCCUGGUCCUGCAAAGCCAGCACCCUGUGGACUGGAAGAGACCGGAAAGCCCACCUUCAAGCAUUCACUCCAGUGGGCCUGACCUUAUCCCCCUUGAAAAACGCUGCAGAUACUUUGCCCAGACAGCGUCAGCCCUGACAGCCACUGACCCCUCUGGGCGAGCUGUCGGGCCCUCUCCUAAGAGCGGAGUUGGGCCUCGGGAAAGGAGGGACCUACCCCAUGAGCGAUCUUUGGGGAAAGGGGGA